AACGCGUUGGAUUUGCCGCGAGUCUUGUGUGUCAAAGGCGGUGUUGGGCUGUCUAUGAUAAACAAACAUACACAAAGAUUACAGCUACACAAUCUAUGCCUCGCACUCCAAAAUGGGCGUCUUCUUCUCUUCUCUUUGGACACGAUUGUUUGAGAAAAAAGAGACGAGGCUGCUUAUGUUUGGUCUGGAUGCAGCGGGGAAAACUACAGUCCUCUACAAACUCAAACUGGGUGAAGUUGUCACAACCAUUCCAACCAUUGGAUUUAACGUGGAGACGGUUGAGUAUAAAAACAUCUCAUUCACUGUGUGGGAUUUCUCUGGUCAGACUACAAUGAAAAGCCUCUGGAGGCACUAUUAUAGCAACACCCAGGGUCUGAUCUUUGUGGUGGACAGCAGUGAUCGUGACAGGAUUGAAACAGCAGCAGAGGAGCUGAAUUUACUGCUGGCGGAGGAUGAAUUGAGAGACGCUGUUUUACUAGUUCUGGCUAACAAGCAGGAUUUACCCAAAGCCAUGCCGGCCCAAGAGCUGACAGACAGACUGGGUUUACAUGCUCUGACUGGAAGACAGUGGUUUGUUCAGUCCACAUGUGCAGUUCAGGGAUCUGGUUUGUAUGAAGGAUUCGACUGGCUCACAGAUCAACUCUCCAAACAGCAGUAAUGCUGGAAAUAUAUUUAGAUUUAUGAUUAAAGAAAAACACUACUGCAGUGGAUUGAUUUUAAUUUAAAUAAAAAUAAACACAACUAUAUACAUGUGUGUGUUUGUGUGUGUGUGUGUGUGUGUGUUUAUGUAUAUAUUUUUUAUAGUUAAAUUUUGAAAAAUAAUGUUAAUUUAAAUAUUUUAAUUUAAAUAAUGUGCAGAUAUCUAUGUCUUUAAGUGUCUUUCACAUGUCUACAAUAAAGUAUAUAUUUAUUUACAAA